AUGGCUUACGGACCGGGGCGUGGCAACCCUGUGAAGGAAGAGGGUGACUCCAAAGGUCAGCGAAUGACUCUUUCGCAAUCCAACAGUGCAUCAAUUGGCAAAGCAAGGCAGCAGCAGAAGAAGAAGAAGAAGACGUUGGAACUUGGGAAACACAGUGAACAGGCACACGAGUCCCCCCGCGAAAAAGAGCGAACAUGGAUCCAUAAGUUCCAGUUGACGGGAACCAAGAAAGCAUUGCCAUUGCGACAAAUCAAUAUCAUGCUGAGUCUCAGCUGCCCUGGCUGUGAUGGGGAAGGUCACAGACCUUCUUUAUCUUUGGGUCCGACGGUACAUCUUGCUGGCUUGGGUACCUUGGCCGCUUAUACCCCCGCGUGGCAGGAGGUACCGACACAGUUCGACAUGGAACUUUUGGUGCAUCUC